CAUGAAUGUGCAUAGCCAUCUCCGUUAUAGUGUUUAAAAAAAAUUGAAGUUGUCAAGUGUCCUACUUAUAUCAGUACAAUCGUAGCAACUUUACUUAUAUUACUUAAGCAUUACUUAUAUUUGAUCAAGUAAAAAUCGCGUAGCAAAUAAGACAUUCGUUUUUUUUUUCUUCACCAAAUUCGACACGCUUAUUGACCAUACAAAAAAAACUCGUUACAUUGGUGGGCGAAAUAAUUAAAAAACGUCACCUGCUGGAGGGAGACGAUUUUCCGCAGACUUGGACCUCUCUGGCUUCGUUUAACACAAAGCAGCCGUUCCUGACACUGAAGUUAAGGACGUAGUGAGGCUGGUGUUAGCAAAACUACCAUAAAUAUCGAAACAGCUAAAAUAUAUUGAUGAUUUCCUAUCACUGAGAUCAUAUAGCAUUUUGUUUUUACAGCGAGCUUUUAUUUUGAAGGCGGAAUCGAAAACAGGAAGUCUUACAUGCCAGCUGUUACAAAACCAAUCGUCAGUUCCACUUUCCCGAUAGGUUGGAAUGUGUCCUAUCCAAUGAGAACAGAAGUUAUAUUUUUGAUUCUCAACGGUUUGGCUACAUUGCAAGUCUGCUACGGUAUGUGACGUGCAGUCAUAUUCAGGUCCUGAUUGGUCAACAAACUUAAUUGACACGUUAAAUUGUAUAUUUUGACGCAAAGACCCAAACGGCAUUCCAAAGAAAUCCUGGUUGUGAAUGAAACGACUAAACAAAGGAACGAAAUAGCACAGCAAGCCACUGACAAGGGCAAUCUGAACCUCACUGCCAACAAGUUUCUGCUUUGAAGCAUAAAGCACGGAAUCUGCCACCUGGCUCUGUGGAGCAAAGAAGUACCCAAUUGACACCAGCAGUGUCAAUUAGUCCCAUUCCACCAAUGUCAGACCUAUUGAUUCUAAGUUAAGCAACCAAUUUGCAAGGAAGAUCCCAUUCAGUCUGAAAGCAGCCCAGAGAUAACCAGUCAGACAGCGCAACUGAAUUGUCCAACUAUCCACCUUGACUGCCCCGGGCCAAAUACAGACGUCCCCUGUAUAUCACUCCAUAUGGAGACUCUGCCAGACUUUAGUGUUAUAAGUGGAGAAACUUCACCUCUUUCAGACAGCGGUCAUUCAUCUACACCAUCACAGCACAGUGGUAUUAGUGGGGAGCCCAGAGCCAAGCGGUGGUCCUCUAACCCAAUAACCAUGCUCACCCAUAUUUUAAAACCCAGCCAUCUGGGAUUCAACGGGCAGGAGUCCUGCUCCCCAAUUUUGAGUCCCAUACGUGCCUCAAAGAUCUUCAGGAUUCAAGAUGAAACUUUACCGAACUGCACCGGAGAAAGUUUAUUUGAGGACACUAUAGACCCCUGCUUUUUGCCUAUGGUGGAGCCCACUGUUGGCAGCUCUACAAUGGCUUUGUCACACACACCUCCGGAGACUUGCAUUUCUAUGAAAGAGAGUUUCACUAAACCAGAGGAUGCAAAUAAAGAUUUGCAAAGGGGCUCUAAUUUUAGUCUCAGUUUGCAGGGAAGUCCAACAGCUCUCAGGGAGACUAUAUCAACCAGUAGCUGUUCCAGAGCUUCCCUGGAGGGCACACAUGACAUAUCUGCAUUCGAGGGCAGCAAAGAAAGUCUGCAUUCCUUAGAACAUAAGGUACAGAACCUGACGACCGAGGUUGCUGUGUCUGUUGUGGUGCAAAAAUCAAGUGUUGCCUCUUCCUGUCUCUCAAAUGCUAAUGUCACACAGAUAAUUUGCCCUGAUAGUGAGAUGUCUGCAUCCUAUACGGUGCCAUUGUCCUCGUCAACAUCUGGUUCCUUGUGUGAUGACAAGAGGGUGAACAACGUCACCUUUGAACUUGUGGUUGAACCAACACUGGAGCCCAAAACUGGGACCAACGAGCCCAAUGUCACGACUACUGCGCUGGAGGCUGUGGAUAUUAGUAGGCCAAUGAAAGACACUUUUGAAGCUUGCCGUCCUAUGAAGUUCAAUGCAACCACUGAGCAAGAGACUUAUGAUGGUACCAAACAACCUCUAAAUAAUACUUUUCAAACUAACCCCCAUGUAAAUGCAACCACUGAGCCAGUGACCAUUGUUGGCAAUGCACGCCCCCCUUUUCAAACUGACCACAAACCAACAAAAAGUGCUGAAGUUGAUGUCCGUGAACAUAUGGUACAGUCCCAACCAGGCCCGUCCGGGAGAGAUGGUGACCCCUUCACCUUGGAUGAUACUCUGGAGUUGGGUCCCAACUUUCUGCUCACAUCCACUCCCAUGGUUACAUCUACGGCUUUAAGGAAACCAGAGAGACCCUCAGAUGUGCGGAAAAAGUUAUCUUCGGGCAUCCUGCCAAAACCAGCUAAACCACCUGCUGUCUCUAAACUCGCCACUUAUAGGAAGACGUUCCUUCAGCCCCAAGGUGUCACCUCCAAUCCCAAAUCACUGCCACCCCCACUGAGAUCGGUGUCCCAGCUUCCAUCAUGGACUCGCCCACCAAAGACCAAGACCGCCCCCGUGGCUUCAGCCCCCUCGGAGCCAUCCUCUGCCAUACCCAGCAGAAGAUGCAAAACACGAGCAGAUGCCUCGGGACAUGCUGUGGUCACUGUUUCUCAGCAGGCCUCGACAGAUGAUACUUCCAGUAGUAGGCGUAGCACAAUUGCAGAAUCCAAGCUGAUGAGCACUGGCCUGAGGAAACCUCAAUCCUAUGGCACUCAGAGAUCCAUAGCUAGCCUCAGGCAUCCUGCAGUAAGAGCUAUGGCAACCCGCUCCACUGAAAACCCCAGCCUCUCUUCAGGUUUAAAUGGAAGGAGUCUACAAGCACCCAACCAAGGCCAGAAGCACGAUGCUUUUCCUGUAGCAAAGAGGAAAAAAAUAGGUGAAGGGUGUGCAAACUAUGUGCUACUUCAGCAAGAACUGGAGACGUGUCGUCAAGAAAAUGAGAGACUGCAAGCAGGUAUUAUUCAAAUGGAACAUUUCUAUCAUGUUUUUUCUUUGGGGAGGUUACAGCCUACAGUUGAAUGGAGGGAACCCUGCUUACUGAGAUUUACCGUCCAAAGCAAUUCCCUUUUCCCGGGAUAAAAAGCUGUGAGAAAC